CGCUCCGGAGUAGAAAAAAUGGCGGGGGGAAAUGACGAUCUUUCCAACAAUUUCCCCAAUAUUGGGACUAAGAGGUAUGUGUUACUUAUUUGGAGUAAAACAUUCGAUGGACGUGGUAUUCCGGUUUUACUUGGCUGACUGUUGAAUCUCUAAGCAAUUUGGAAGAGCUGUACGAAGCAGUAUAGUUAUCAAAAUUCAUAAACGUAUUUGUCAAUCUGCCGGUUCGAGACCUUUUUGUCGACACAUAUGAUUAGUUGAGCAAAGAUUAGAGCAUCAAAGUAUACUUUAUUCAAAUCUCAAAGAUAUAAGGCACCAUACAUUAUCGUAUUUGUAAUUAAAUGCCCGCAAAUCCAGUCUAAAAAUGAUGCCAUUCUCAUAUUCAAGAAACGCUCCGUUCUGAUUUACAUGUUGAAGCGGAAACGCUAUGGUAAAGGAGAUAUGUUUAGAAAAUAUAUACUCUUGAUUCUCAAUUUCAGGAAGAGAAAGAAAAGAUCAUCUCUUUCCCUGGGAAUCAAAAGAAGGAAAAUGUCGAAUGAAACAUAUAUUAGUGAUUUAACUACUAGUAAUCAAUCAUUCAAGACGCCAUCACCGUCCAAUAGACUGAGUACUAUUAAUUUAAGGGACCUGCACAAAAAUGCACCCAAUAAAAAAAGACACGUCAAAAAACCCAAAAAGACACUAUUUCAAUCAUCAGCUGACACACAGUAUGAAAGAGAUCUGAAGAGAGCACAAAAACUUGUUCCUGAUGUUGUUUCAAAUCUGCGAUUGAACAAGUUUUGUCCCGAGUUUUUAAUGCUUCUUGAUCUCCUUGCUAAUAAUAGGCUCCCAAUGGACAACAUAUGCUGGCUAUUAUUUUUGGAUGUUGUGAGGUGGUUUUCUCUAGAAAACACAAGUCGCAUGACUUACAGCAUAAAGACAUUAACAUUCUGGAAAAUAGGCUACAGGCUCUUCCAUGGAAAAUUUAUUCGCUUCAUGAGUGGACCCAAGUCAUGUGGAAGUUUGAUAAAAUCUGAUGAAGAAACUGGUGAGUACAGGUACGAUCCACAAGAUCCUGAACAUUGCAUCAAUUUUGCCACUCCUAGCAUUUCUGUCGUCAGCAACUUUAUGGGUGUUGAUAUCAACAUACCACGUGUUCUCAAACCUGGUAUCAUCAAAGAGUGUGUACCCAUGCUUGAUCAAAACAAGAAAUACGUUCUGAGUGUCGAUGGUAAACGAACGGCUGCUGGACUCUCCAAAGAAGGCGGUGAUAUAGAUUUAUUCGGCAAUGAGCCUGAACAAUCUCUUGAAGAAAAGCAAAAGGAAAUCGAGGCUGAAAUCAUGUUCGUUCGUGAUAUAAAAAACAAAUUACACGAUGCUGAAAGGUCAACGGACUAUCUUUCUUUGAUAACAAAAUGUUCGUCUCGAAUAGAACAACUUCGAAAAACAAAUCGCAAUCUCAAACUUGGUCUCAUUAAAUUCAAGAAACUUGGUGGAGACAACUGGCGUAAUUCGAAGUGGAUUUGGGCAAUAAGCAGUACCCAAGCUAUGCUUGAAGAAAUCAGAGUAGCGAUUCUGAUGCUAUUAGAAGUAAACGACCUUAUUGGUAUGAUUGUAAUUGAUACAUCACAAGCACCAGUUCGGGAAAUUGCAAUGCAGAAUGCAGUUAAAGAUCGCCUUGAGGUAACAUGCCAGCCCAAUUGGGUACGAUUGAGAGACAGUGACCUAGCCGAUUCCAAUACUUUAUUUCUGGAACAACGUACGGAGAAAUGGCAUUGCGUUAGGGCUAAUUAUAGGAUAACGGGUACGUUUAAACAGACUAAAAAUAACAUUGCAGUAAUCCCCCAGGAAUUUUUCUCAAGUGGUUGCAAAAUUCUCAUUUUUACAAUUCAGACCAAAACUAAAUAUGCCAAUUUUUCACAAUUCCAGGAAGGUGCAAAUGGAUUUUCAGGUGAAUUGUAAUGUUGAUUGAUAUAAUACUAAGACGUACAUUUGAAUCUUGUCGUCUUGGAGUAUCUUGUGUUGCUUGUUUGAGUCUGACUUUCUUCUAAGCGUAACCCUUUUAUAAUUUAACAAGCAGGACUUAAGUCCCUAGUUUUAAAGUCACCACCCAUGGUUGAAUCCAGUCACUGGAAAAAUGUAUACGUAAGAUUUUCGUAUAUUCACAUUAGAAAGACAAUAACUCGUAGCUAUAGCUUUUCAAUUUCUACGAUCCCCGUAGAAUUGGUAAGCCGUAGCCAAACCCCAAAAGGUAGCUUAAAGACGGGUGUACGAUCGAUUUGCGGAUAUUCUAAGAUUUGAUGUGUUACAAUUGACCAUUUCACACGACAGAAGAAUUGCCACAAAGCCUCCUUGGUAUUAGUAAAAAACUGUCUGCCAUAGGGGCGCCCUAAGGUGACACGCGUCAUUAUUUCAAAGGCCAAAAAAUCAAAAUACGCCAUGAGGGUAUCGUAGUAAAUGUGAUUGCAAAGCAUCUGACCGUGGACUGUGGAAAUGCCAUUGGUCGUAGAAACAGUAGAUCGUAUGAUCGCCGUAGCGACUGAGAUGACUGAGAUAUAAAACUGUAAAAUGUAAAUUUCAACCAGGGACUUUUGUGAGGUGAAUCGCAUAUUGCAUGAGAUUCCUAUAAACCUAUAAGCAUGUCUGGUGAAUGAAUGGUUGAGGUUGUGUUGGAGUAUAUUUAUUCAUAAAUAA